AUGACGACAGAGAUCACUUACGCUGAAGUGAAAUUCAAAAACGCAGCCCAGUCCUUGGCCGUCCCAUCACAGGCUCCUGCAGCUCCUGAAGAGAAGACUAGCCCUCCCCCAAGUAACUCUGGUAACUUCAAACUACUUCUUGCCGCAGUGGUGAUUCUUCUGCUGCUGACAAUCUCAUUUUUAAUCGCCUUUGUCACUUUUUUCCAAAAAUAUUCUAACCUUAUUCAAGAAAAAAAGUUGACACAAGAACCGACUCACACAAUGUUGGAAUGUAAGAAAGAAAAGUUGAACAUGAAAGGAAAAUCCAGGAGCUGCUGCCCGAAGAAUUGGGAGCCAUUUGGUUCAAGUUGCUACUUUUUUUCUACUGAGACAAGAAAUUGGACUGACAGUGAGAAGAACUGUGAAAGGAUGCAGGCACAUCUGCUGGUGGUCGACAGCAAGGAGGAGCAGGAUUUUGUUAACGAGCAUGGGAACCAAAGUCAUGCUUAUUAUUUGGGACUGUCGGAUUGGAAGAAUGGUCACUGGGAAUGGGUUAAUGAGACCCCAUACAAUCAAAAUGUCACGUUCUGGCACCCAGAUGAACCCACUAAUGGCAUUGAACAUUGUGUUGUGUUAGAUUUUACUGAAAAGUCGAAGUGGGGCUGGAAUGAUAUUCCUUGUGACUUACCUCGGAAUUCAAUUUGUGAGAUGUUGAAGAUCUACUUAUGA